AGGAUUUGCGUGGCCAGACUGAAAAAAAAUCAUACGGCCUCUCUUGUUCAGAGGGCCGGGCCAAAUGUGGAGGCGGGCCGUAUUCGGCCCACAGGCCUUAGUUUGAGGACCACUGCUCUUGGCUGUUCAUGUCUAUCAAUAUCGCUCAUUUUGAAAUGACGUUAGAGGGCAAUACAGAUCCGUAUCAGACCAGGAGGGCGAUACGUGGCUGGCAUGACGACCAUUAGCCAAUCAGAACGCUUGUACUGUUGUUGCUAUAUAAUAAUUCAUCUUUAUUCAUAAAGAAAAUGUAAGCUAGCGGUCUGAUGCUGCCAGAGGAGACGCAGGUCGAGGACAGCUUCAUCAGUGUAAUGCUGCUUAUGCUUCAACUCUGUCACAAAACAUUUUUGGCAUUGGGUGCCCUUUUUUUUGGUUUGAGCACCUGCCCCCCAAAAUGUCUGUGCACGUGCCUGGUCAUAGUAUACUAUCCAGGUGGAAUAGGAACUUUAAAAAAAAAUGUUUUCACAAUUAAAGAACAAUUUAGGAACAAUUAAACACAUGGAAAUGUACUGACUCUUAAAAGUUAAUUCAAGAAGAUUCAGAACCUCAUAUCAAUACAUAUUACCCAAAAUAGUUUACAUGCACAUCAUCAAUGGUAUGAUUACGUCAUUUAACUGUUAAUGUGAGAAGUACAAAAGAAUUACAACCUUUUGUUUCGUUAACAAACUUCUGCCGCUUUUCAUUUCCGGUUUUAUUUUGAAGGCAAGAAGUGCUCGCUCGAUACGUCCGCUAGCUUAGCCGUUUUGUAUGUGUUUUUUUCGUUCCGGAAGACAUUGUCAACAAACCGGUCUCGUAUUGAAAAGGAGGAAGAGGAGCAAUGACAACCGUCCACAUUUAGCUGAAUAGAGAAGGAAUAAAAAACAAGAACAUGGAAGAAGAAAGGCGGUUAAAGCUCAGCGGGAACCCGGACUGGAUGUCCCGUCUGCCGCAGGAGCUGCAGGAUGUCCCGCUGUGGAACCUGGCGAUCCCCGGGAGCCAUGACAGCAUGUCGUUCUGCCUGGACGUCUCCUCUCCGGUCCUGAGGUCGGAGCCCUGCCUCCUCAGGGCGAUGGACUGGCUGGUCCCCUGCUGGACUCGACCCUGCGUCUCCCGCUGGGCCACCACGCAGCAAUCGGUCCUCAGUGGUCAGUGUGAACUCGGCGUUCGUUUCUUGGACCUGCGGAUCGCCAGGAAGCCGACGGGGGGCCACACACUGUUCUUCGCCCACGGCAUCUACACACUGACGACCGUGAAGGAGGCCCUGGAUGAACUGGCCGUCUGGCUGGACGCUCACCCAAAGGAGGUGGUCAUCGUCUCCUGCUCUCAUUUUGAAUCUCUAACCCCUGAAGAUCACUCCCACCUGGUGGAGUACAUCACCACGCUGUACGGAGAGAAGCUCUGCCCCUCGCAGGACGUCCCCACUCUGCGGUCCUGCUGGUCCAGAGGUCAGCAGCUCGUUGUUUCCUAUGGCGACCAGCAGGUGGUGCUGCAGCACCCCGAGCUGUGGGCUGAGAUCCCGUACUGGUAUGCCGACAGCCCGGAUCCUAAGAAGGUGAUUGCUUACCUGGAGGACCAGAAGCACAGAGCAAGACCAGCUGGUUUCUACGUCACCGGCCUGAACCUGACGGAAGACGCCCCCUACGUCCUCCUCCACCCCCUCCAGGGCAUGAGGAGGAUGACCCUGAGGGCUCUCUCGCCGCUGCUCCGCUGGGCGAGCGAGCAGCGGCCGGGCCGGGAGGCGGGCGAGGUCAACGUCGUCUGCUGCGACUUCGUGGACCUCAGCGAGUUCUGCUCGCUCGUGAUCGGACUGAACUACAAGACGCUCGCCGCCGGCCGGCGCCCCGUCUGCGAGACGCCGCGAGCGUUGCCAUAGUAACCAGACCGGAUGGCCCACAUAGAAAGAUGAAUCUGGGAGAGGAAACACUUUGUACAUAUUUCUUCCUAAUGAAUUUGAAUUUUCUACACUUUUUGUGUAUGCAUGCCAUUUUUAAAUGUUCUUUACUAUUUGUUGUGUGUGUCAUGAUAUCUGUGGUCACAUGAUGUCAUUAGCGAAGCUUUAAUGUCCCCGAGGGGCAGAGACAGAUGGCAAUAACGAUAAAUACAAAAAGAAAGCAAUAAGAAAAGAGUAAUCAGGUAUAAAAAUGUAUUAAAGUGCUUUGUUGUGUGUGGGCUCUAAUUAGUCAUUAAACUAUAAAUAUACAGUUUUAGUCAAAGUUUUACACAUACAAAAAAAAAUCUAGGAUAUCUGGGGUGUGGGUAGGUGCAGCAAUAGUUUUUAACUGUAAUAAUAAAUGUAAAAUGAUGUCAUGAACCAGCA